UCCAAAAUGUUGUUAUUCAGUUAAUGGUCGCUACUGUUGUUACUGUUACUUUUGCCGCUAUUUUGCGCAGUACUUGUCGAUGUGUUCAUUGCCAUCGUUGCUCUGGUUAUUUUGGUGAUGGUGAAACAUCACAUUCGCCCGAUGAAACUUUAGAACUUAGUACUCAUGGGAAAAGGUUAGGCCAGACCAAUAUUAAAGAGGCCAACGUCAAUAACGUAGAGUCAAACAAUUUAUCUUCUAAUAAUGACGAGCCUCAUUUUGAUAUUUACCAAUAUUUUUCAUCUCUGAAAUUAGAAGAUCCAAUUCCGUUGGAAAAAUAA